CAAUCCAUGGAAGACGCGACAUUAAAUACCAGUCAAAUAUGGACCAAGAAAAUGAUACGGAACGUUUUUGUGCAGUUGUUAUAACGAGGUAGCUAGCUAGCAAGCCAGGACAUUGGAUAAAUACAACAGCGUUGCAAGUGAAACACCUACAUAGCAGCUUGACAGCUAAGCUUGGUCUGUCUGUGUGCGUGGAGUGCCUAUGGCGGAGUUUGGAGAGAACGACGGCUCAUCUCCAUCGAAUACUGGGGAUUCGGUGGCUUUGCCCAGUGAUAAAACAGACGGGAGGACGCAGUGCGAAGUAUCGGUCUUCAAUGGGGACUGUGGGAUACCGGCAGACAUGGUUGGAUCAGAAACGUUACAUGACAGCCCAGGGCUUGAAACCGCCAACAACUCCUCUGUCAGAUUGGAUUCCAAAUCCGGAAUACCACGCAGGAGCAGCAUUAUAAAGGAUGGCUCGAGGCAGCGCAGAGAGAGGAAGAAGACAGUUUCGUUCAGCAGCAUGCCCACUGAGAAGAAGAUCAGCAGUGCGAGCGACUGCAUCAACGCCAUGGUGGACGGCUCUGAACUGAAGAAGGUCCGCUCCAACUCCCGCGUUUACCACCGCUACUUCCUCCUGGACGCCGACAUGCAGUCUCUAAGGUGGGAACCCUCCAAAAAAGAGUCAGAGAAAGCCAAAAUUGAUGUCAAGUCCAUCAAAGAGGUGCGGACAGGGAAAAACACAGAAACGUUUAGGACCAAUGGAAUAUAUGAUCAGAUAUCAGAGGACUGUGCCUUCUCAAUCAUCUAUGGGGAAAACUAUGAGUCUUUGGACUUGGUUGCAAACUCUGCCGAUAUGGCCAACAUAUGGGUGACCGGGCUUAGAUACCUGAUAUCCUAUGGGAAACACACCUUGAAUAUGAUUGAAAGCAACCAGAACAACAUGCGCUCCUCCUGGCUCGGUGACCUCUUUGAGGAGGCUGAUGCCAACAACAGCAAGCACAUCAGUCUAUGUGCUGCUGUGCAGCUAAUUAAAAACCUAAACCCUGGUCUCAAAAACAAUAAGAUUGAACUCAAGUUCAAGGAGUUUCACAAAUCUAAAGAUAAGGUGGGAUGUGGUGUGACUAAGGAGGAGUUCAUUGAAGUCUUUCAUGACCUUUGCACAAGACCAGAAAUGUAUUUCCUUCUUGUCCAGUUCUCUAGCAACAAGGAAUUUCUAGAUACCAAGGACUUAACUAUGUUUCUGGAGGCUGAGCAGGGUAUGGCACAAGUAAGUGAAGACACCAGUCUGGAGGUCAUUCAGAGCUAUGAACCUUCCAAAGAGGGGCAGCUCAAGGGCUGGCUCUCCCUUGAUGGGUUUACCAAUUAUCUCAUGUCGCCAGAGUGCCACAUCUUUGACCCUGAACAAAAAACAGUGUGUCAGGACAUGAACCAGCCCCUGUCCCACUAUUACAUCAACGCUUCCCACAACACAUACCUGAUCGAGGAUCAGUUUAGAGGCCCCUCUGACGUUACAGGGUACAUCCGUGCCCUCAAGAUGGGCUGUCGUAGUGUAGAACUAGAUGUCUGGGAUGGACCAGAUAAUGAGCCUGUCAUUUACACUGGCCACACAAUGACCUCGCAGAUAGUCUUCCGCAGUGUCUGUGACGUCAUCAACAAAUAUGCCUUUGUUGCAUCUGACUUUCCCCUGAUAUUGUGUCUGGAGAACCACUGCUCUUUAAAGCAGCAGAGGGUCAUGUUUCAGCACUUGAAAAAGAUUCUUGGUGAUAAGAUUCACAUGAAUCCACCCUCAUCUGAGGACAGCUACCUGCCCUCACCCUUUGACCUCAAGUGUAAAAUCCUGCUGAAGGGGAAGAAGCUGGGCGCGAUCUGCAUCGGCUCGGAGGGCGAAGUGACUGACGAGGAUGAGGGGGCUGAGAUGUCCCAAAGAAUGAACAUUGAAGCCAACGAACAACAGAGCAUACCACUGAAAAAGUUCCAGCUGUCCAAGGACCUCUCUGAUCUGGUAACGUUGUGUAAAUCGAUUGCGUUCAAAGACUUCCCAACAGCUUUCCAAAGCCAGAGGCACUGGGAACUUUGCUCGUUCAAUGAGGUGUUUGCCAGUCGCUGUGCCAGUGAAUUCCCAGGCGACUUUGUUAACUACAACAAGAAAUUAUUGGCGAGAGUCUACCCCAGCCCAAUGCGGAUUGACUCCAGUAACAUGAACCCUCAGGACUUCUGGAAGUGUGGUUGCCAGAUCGUGGCAAUGAACUACCAGACCCCCGGCCUGAUGAUGGACCUAAACAUUGGCUGGUUCCGUCAGAAUGGGAACUGUGGUUAUGUGCUGCGACCAGCCAUAAUGAGGGAGCAGGUGUCAUAUUUCAGUGCCAACACUAAAGACUCAGUGCCUGGUGUGUCUCCUCAGCUCUUGCACAUAAAGAUCAUAAGUGGACAAAACUUCCCCAAACCAAAAGGCUCAGGCGCCAAAGGAGAUGUGGUUGACCCUUACGUCUAUGUGGAGAUCCAUGGCAUCCCUGCUGAUUGUGCAGAGCAAAGGACUAAAACUGUCAAUCAGAAUGGGGAGAACCCACUGUUUGACGAAAGCUUUGAGUUUCAGAUAAAUCUACCUGAGCUGGCCAUGGUGCGCUUUGUGGUGCUUGAUGAUGACUAUAUUGGCGACGAGUUCAUCGGCCAGUACACAAUCCCCUUCGAGUGUCUCCAGCCGGGAUUCCGGCACACACCGUUACAAUCGCUAACGGGAGAAGUCCUUCCCCACGCCUGGCUGUUUGUCCAUGUGGCCAUCACCAACCGAAGGGGCGGGGGCAAGCCUCACAAGAGGGGACUGUCUGUGCGUAAGGGCAAGAGAAGUCGGGAGUAUGCCACCAUGAGGGUGCUGGUCAUCAAGGCUGUGGACGACAUCUUCAAGACAGCCAUACUGCCACUGAGGGAAGCCACCGACCUCAGAGAAAACAUGCAGAAUGCCAUAGUGCCCUUCAAGGAACUAUGUGGCCUCUCGGCGGUGGCCAACCUGAAGCAGUGCAUCCUGGCCCUGUCCUCCCGGCUGACAGGGGCUGACAACAACCCCCUCCUGGUGUUCAACCUCAAGGACCAGUACCCCACCAUGGAGCCCCAGGGCCAGCUACCAGAUGUCCUGAAGAAGGUGGUCACCACCUAUGACAUGAUGAUCCAGACCAGCAAGACUCUGCUGGAGAACUCUGAGGGAGUCUAUGACCGAAUACUGCUAACCCAGAAAGCAGCGAUGGCGUUCCAUGAGAACCUCCAUGACAUGGCGGUAAAGGAGGGCCUGAAGGGCAGGAAGCUGGCCAAGGCUGUGGAGAGCUUCACCUGGAACAUAACCAUCCUCAAGGGCCAGGCGGACCUGCUGAAGCACGCAAAGAGUGAGGUCCAGGAGAGCCUGAAGCAGAUCCACUAUGCCGCCCUCACCUGUAACCUCAGUAAGGACGGGCCUUCAGGGAGCACGGCGGGCUCCGAGUCCAGGGCCCGACCACGCAGCCUGGACGCCAUCCCUGAGAAAGCCACGGGGGAGGACGAGCUCUCUGAGGAGGACAACUGAAGGCUUACGCCCUAAACCCUUCAUACCUCCAAGCCCCUUGCCCUACCCUAGUGGCAUACAUAAACCUCCUUUACCGCAGUCCCACACAAACCUGACUACAGUAUACCUGUUCUAGUGCCGUUGCCACACACAACCAUUCUAUUCCCACCCCAGUCCCACUCAAACCUCCCUUUGCUUAACCAGGUACCACACAAAAAGCCCUUAACCCCUCCUGCCCACCUCAACGUCCAACAGCAAGAUGUUGCAGGUCAACUAGGAGGGUCAAGUGAACUUGCAGCCACGGGACAGUCUUAAAGCCGUGACCUACUGUAGAGAGAGUGCACUUAUUUACAGGCAGACCCCAGGGUCUGACCCUAGGAGAGCCGCUCUAAAGGGUCCAAGGAUUUCUUAAGCACAAUUUACGGGUUUCUGAACAACCAGAAAUUAGAGCUGUGAAUGUAAUAGGAAACAGGAACAAUGGAGAGAAGGAAAGAAGAAAAGGGAGGCGAGAGCUGUUUACAAUAAUGAACUUGUUCUUGUCUACCAAAAUAGUAUGUUUAUAUAUGGAGUUCUGUUACUUUUUUUGCAGCGUGCUUCAUUUUAUUAUUGUAUUCUUGAGAAAUAAGAUUUAUUUUGUAAAGGAAAUGGCUCGUCCAUGAAAAAUAACUUUUAUUUGUCUGUACAGAUGUGAAAUUGUCCUUUACACUUUCCCACUGGAGAGUUCCUUUGUCGAGACGAGGGACGGAUAGAGACUUUCAACCUCAGUGUGUGGUCCAAAGGGUGGCAGUCGGAGUCUUAAACACAACCAGCAACUGCUUGGGGAAGGAACCAUGGAGAGAAUAACUCGUUAGGUCUACGUUUUGGUAUCAUUUCACCAUUCCACGUGAGAGGCUUGAGUAAGGUGUACAAAGUAAUAAUAGCUUCUCAACCAGUCCUGGUAACAAACUAGCACCCUAUUCAUGAAUACGGUUUCAUAUAUGACUGUGCAUCAUUGCUACAAAUCAGUCAACAAAAGGGAUGGAUGGUGAGGAAAGAGCUGCUCUUCCUCGCAUCCAUCCGUCUUAACCUGCUUUUGCCCACCAGUUGCUUCUAGUUUGUAUUUUGUUCAUUCUCUCCACAGUGCGGAAACAGCGUUGCUCCUGGUCAACUUUAGCCACCCACCACCACCUCUGGAUCUCACCCACCAGUGUUUUAACUGGGCCCACACUGGGACAAAAAGUAAUUCACAAACUUCAGUGCUGUGACUGUUGUAUUUAUAACUGUUGUUAACCAUUUUUACCGAUGGAGAGAAAAAGAAGAAAUAAAUACCGGUUUUGCUUUUCUGUUAAUUCCUGAAACCUUCAGAAUAAACCACGUUAAAUAAUU